AAAAAAUGGUAGUCCAAAGUGGAAGCAGUACACAACAGUUAGACUACGUCUUCACAGUGGGAGGGGCCUUUGGCUCCAAUGCGUUUUAAUUGGUUGUUAGCUCGCACUGAGUUGUACGGUUAUCAGUAAUUAUAUUCAGCAUGUUUUACCCAAGAAAUGACAUCCAGAAAGGGUUAUCUUCUUCGACCGUCAAAUUAUACCACGAAUAUGGCAUGCUCCGACAGUCCAUCUGCAAACUCGUUUUUGGUAGACUCUUUGAUAAGCGGUAGAACCGAAGGAAGUGCUCACUACUACCAAAACGGUAGCGUGUACUUGCCACCCAGCUCCGAAUAUUCCUAUGGACUGUCUAAUUGUGGCUAUUUUCCCGGACCCAAACGAACUGAGAACCAAAAUAUGGUUCCUGCAACUGGCCCCUAUAUGCAAGGAAUGGAAUCAUGGUUGGAAUCUUCGAGGUCGUGUCGCACUGAACAGCUCAGCAGCCAGAGCGUUUCCCGGUCGUUCUCCCCUGCCAUAAAAGAAGAAAACUCGUAUUGCUUCUACGAGUCAGGGAAGUGUCUAAAAAGCUCGGGAAAUGAAGAUAUAUCUUAUUCCCGGUUGACGACAUCAGGGAGUAACAGCAGUGUUCCUGUACCUGGAUACUUUCGCUUGUCACAAACGUGUUCGUCGUCCAAAGGUUACUACCCAAACGUCCUGUCCGAUUCGGGCCAUUUUACCCGUUUUGAGGAAACUCGUCCAACCCUUUCUGCAGAAACAAACGGGACAGAAAUCGAAGAGCCGGCCGCCCAAACAGACGAGGAGAGCCGGAAAUCACCGAGCGGCCCCUCUUCAUCUCCACAACCACCAGAAAGUGAAGCAGAAAAUUCGCAGAAAGCUAAUGAAGGAGAAUGCAAAAGUGACAGUACGGCCAACUGGUUGACGGCGAGGAGCGGGCGAAAGAAGCGCUGUCCGUACACCAAACAUCAGACUUUGGAGCUGGAGAAAGAAUUUCUCUUCAACAUGUACCUGACCCGAGAAAGACGUCUGGAGAUUAGCCGUAGUGUUCACCUAACCGACAGACAAGUAAAGAUCUGGUUUCAAAACCGCCGCAUGAAGUUAAAGAAAAUGACUCGAGAAAACCGUAUUCGCGAGUUGUCGGCAAACUUUAGCUUCGCCUGAGAAGGAGCUCUGGCGCCCUCAACCAGCUAAAGCGCUUGCUCAGAUUGCUCUCAAAGCGCACACCUCUGCCUUGUACAUAAUAUUAUUUAUAACUUAUUGUGUCCUACGUAUGUACUACAGUCUGAAUCUUUUUCAUAUGUCCGUUUUAUUUUAAAUUUUGGUCCAGGUAACACAUUAUCAUUAUUUAUGAAGUCUGCCAAGUCCAUUGGAUGUAAUCUAAAAAUGUAAGAAAAUGGUGUUGUUUUAUUGACAGGUGUAUAUAAACGGACAGUAGUAUAUAUUAACUGUAUAUAGUAUGGCAGUAUUUGCAUGAUGUAAAAAUUAAUUGCAGUUACAAUCAUUGUUUCAAUUUAUUGAUUGUUAAGUCAUAUUACGAAUAUGGUUUUGACCAUAUGGUUUUUGAAACAAUCAAAGUGGUUAAAUGACAAAACUAGCCUAAACUGACCUAUUUACACAUUAAAGUAGAUGCAGUUUACUUCAAUGCAAUUCAUGCAAUUUUGAUAUUCCAAUUUCCUUUCAUCAAAGAGUAGAUGAGACAAUAUAAUCACAGAGAACUUUAUCUGUGGCGCAUUGUUGUAACCUUACAGUAUUUUUGAGUUUUGGGAGGUCACAAAGAAACGUCCCACUUGUAGAUAUCACGUUCACUGAGGUGCAAAAUGAGUUUCGUUUUCAACGAGGGAACAGUUGAUCAACACAAUUUAUAAUUUGCUGCAAAAUUAUUAAAUGAGCAGGCCGUUAGCGUGGAGCGGGCAAAACCUAGAAGCUUAUCCCUGACACCGCAUUCUCUCAAUCUUUGGUUUUCUGUGAAUUCUUCUUUACCAGUAAAUAUUUGAAGACAUACCUAAGACACUUUCAUAACACCCUUUUUCAGAUGCCUGUGUGUCUGAAUAAAAAAUAAAUAGUUUACAAA